AUGAGUACCGAAACGAAGGAAGAUAUUACGCCCACCGACGAGAAAAAGAUUCAUCUCGUAUCCACAGAUGAAGAAGCAAAAGCGGCAAAAGAAGUACUGGAACAACUUAAAAAGCUCAAAAGGCAACAAUUGGCAUGGGAUCCUAACUUGCCCGACGAAGUCGACAAUGAACUCGAUGAAGCGUUUGAUACUGAUGACUACAAAGAACGCAUGCACAUUGCCGAGGAAUUACUUGAAAACAGCGGUCAUUCAAACACGAUCCGUGCCUGGUUCUUUGGCAUGAUCUUUGCAACGCUUGGAUCAGCUUGUAAUGCUUUAUUAAGUAUGCGAAAUCCGUACAUCGUUAUCAACACAUAUGUGGUGCAAAUUAUAGUUUUUCCCAUGGGUGUCGCCUGGGCAAAAUGGUUACCAGAAGGUCGUUUUAGAUUGUUUGGCCGUGAACUUAUGCUGAAUCCAGGGCCUUUUUCUCAAAAAGAGCAUGCUUUAAUCGUGAUUAUGGCAAAUGCAUGCUUUGGCGGCGGGGCUGCGUAUGCCUUAGAAGUGAUUAUUGCUCAACGUGCAUUUUACAACCAACACUUUGGCUAUGCUUUUGAAAUUUGUUUAGCAAUGUCAAACAUGAUGCUGGGUUUUGGUAUGGCUGGUUUCUUCAAUCGAUUCUUAGUACAGCCAGCUGCGAUGAUUUGGCCGGGCAACUUGGUUAAUACAGCAUUAUUUACUGCUCUUCACGAUCGACCCAUUCCCGAUCCUGCAAAGACGUCUGGAUGGAAAAUUAAUCGUUAUCGUUUUUUCACUUAUGUGAUGAUAGGAUCAUUUGUCUGGUUCUGGUUCCCGGGAUACAUGGCGCCAUUUUUAAGUUAUUUCGCUUGGGUAACAUGGAUUGCUCCUCAAAAUGUGGUGGUAAAUCAAUUAUUUGGUCAAGCAACUGGAUUGUCAUUUAUUCCUUUGACUUUUGAUUGGACUCAAAUUUCUGGUUUCAAUUUCAGUCCAUUAAUCGCUCCAUGGCAUGCGAUCGGCAAUACAUUGAUAGGCUUAGUCAUUUUUAUUUGGAUCCUUACACCUGCAAUGCAUUAUAGCAACUACGCCUGGUCUGACUAUCUUCCAAUUUCUGACCCCAAUACAUAUGACAACACAGGUCAGAUUUACAAUGUUUCGCGCAUUAUCGAUCCCGUCACAUUUGUCUUUGAUGAGGAAAAGUACAAAGCCUAUUCACCUGUUUUUCUCUCAACGACUUUCACUCUUUGUUACGGCUUGUCAUUUGCAGCGAUCUCUUCGGUUCUUACGCAUACGGUUAUCUAUAACGGAAAGGACAUAUGGAGGAUGCUAAAAAAGUUCAACGAGAUCGAGGACGAUAUCCAUUCUCGAUUAAUGGCAAAAUACAAACCUGUUCCGCUGUCAUGGUAUAUGGCUGUUUUCAUUGCUACUUUUGCUAUGGCAAUGGGUAUCACAGUUGGUUUUAAAACCCAUUUAGCAGCUUGGGCUUUGAUCCUGGGUAUCUUUGUUGGAUUCGUAUUCUUUUUGCCAAUCGGCUUGAUUGCAGGCACAACAAAUAUUUGGAUUGGAUUAAAUGUGUUGUGCGAAUUCAUGAUAGGCUACAUGCAGCCAGGACGGCCUUUGGCAGGCAUGAUGUUCAAGGCAUACGGUUAUAUGGCUUUAUAUCAAGGUUUAGGAUUUGCAAACGAUAUGAAGUUGGGUCAUUACAUCAAAAUACCGCCGCGCGUCACUUUCACGGGUCAAAUGGUAGCGACUGCAUGGUCUGCAAUCGUACAAGUUGGAAUGAUGAAUUGGGCUUUGGGAAAUAUUGAAAAUAUUUGUCAUCGUGAUCAAAAAGACCAUUUUUCCUGCCCGAACGCUCGUGUUUUCUUCAAUUCAAGCGUUAUUUGGAACCUCAUCUCUGGAAGACGAGUAUUUUCACCGGGUGCAACGUAUUCACACGUGUUAAUCUUCUUUUUACCGGGAUUCAUUUUACCAAUCGUUUUUUGGCUUAUUGCAAAAAAAUGGCCAAAGUCACCUGCAAAGUAUCUUUGUGCACCUAUUAUUUACGGCUCUCUCUCCCUCAUUCCGCCUGCUACUCCCAUGAAUUACGCCACAUGGGGUCUUGUUGGUUUUAUCUUCAAUAAAUGGAUCAAAAACCGUUGGCGCGGAUGGUGGAUGCAAUACAAUUAUACCCUUUCGGCUGGCUUGGAUGUUGGCUUAGCUUUAUCAACGAUCUUUAUUUUCUGUACUCUUCAACUCACGAAAACAAAUUUUCCAACUUGGUGGGGAAACGGUAAAGCACAACAAACGAUGGAUUUAACAAAUACUGCUAUACGCAAACAUGUAGCAGAAGGAGAAUAUUUUGGUCCGAGGACGUGGUCAUAAGGUGAUUUCUAUGAACGAGAUUCUUGUGAUGAUUUUCUAUUUCUGUUGAUACUUUGAGAGAAUUGAUGAAUGUAAUAAUGAUUUGAAAGAAUGAAGAGG